AUGGGCCCAUCGAGCUGGGGUGUUGGGGAGGAAGCAGAUGUGAUUACUUGGCUUCCACAGUUCAAUCCAGCGGACAUGGGUUGGCCGAUGCGUGAUGUGAUCUACGAAUUCACCGAAGGAUCAGACACCCCACGUCGGGCCUCCCCCGUUGCCAUGUCUCGACUUUCAGCACGUGUGCUCCGCUUCAUGCAUGCUGAUAUGACUGAAAAGGGCCUGGGUCUAGAUUCAGAGAUGUCUCCAACCUCCUGA